UAUAUUACCUUAGAAUGCCAUUCGUUCUUACUUCAGUCUUCGUACAGUCUUUGCUUUAACCCGUUCCAACUCUGUCCGCCGCUCAGCUCGUUGGCUCUCUAUAGGAAUCAAAUCGAAUCACCUAGUAUAACAGCAGCAGUAGCAUCAGGUCGGUAGCCCACGUUGUUCCCCGGUUUCGUUCCGUUCAGCCACCAUUGAAAGUUGGCGUCGCAGUCGCAGUUGCCGUCGCUGCCUACGUCCAAACCAACCACCGCCACCGCCACCGCCACACGCCUCCGCCAGCGCCAGCGACAUCCUCUCUACCACCGCUGGUAGCACCAUCAGCAGCAGUAGCAGCAGCAGCAGCAGCAGCAGCAGCAGCAACAGCCAGCACCAGAACACUCUCACACACUCUCCACUCACUGACGAAUUUCAAUAUCCAAAUCAAAGUCGGGUUCAAAUCGAAAACAGCCGCAACAGCAGCAACAACGCCUCGCAAACAGCACGCGGAUAAUGAUAAAAAGAAAAUAACACGCGCAGUUCGCAUCCAGUGCCCGACUCGAACAGAUCACAUCAGUCCAGAUCCCAGUCCCCGAGAAUAUUUUAAUCGAAGCUUCAAAAAUUCACUAAUUGAAAAGUAAAAUCGACUCGACUCAACUCGACUCGACUUCCGGCUCCGUGGUGUUUUCACUUUUCGCGCGUGUCAAUCAAAUAAAAAUCUUCACAUAUAAAACUAUACAUUAAUUUUCGUUUCCCAGUGUCUUUAUCGCACCUUGCGCUUUCUGAAAUAGCCAUAAUUACAAGACCCGCAAGGACAGCAAUAAACCAAACAAAACUAUUUAUUGAAAAUAAAAACAAGAGAGCUCACCACAAAAAAAAAAAACCAAAAACUUCAUCCAACUUCAACGACUCUGACUCGACACUUGAUUGUAAUUAUAAGCAGAGUUCAUAUAUUCACCAAAACACGAAAACCAACAAACCCUGUGCAAUUUCCUUAAAAUCAAAACCUGUCAAGAAAAUACCAAAAAUAAAGAAACACAAAAAUCCGAUACUUCAAACGCGCCAAAAAGAAAAAAGCUCACGAGUAACAACCAAGUGCUAAAACUAGAAGCGGAGAAAUUUAAUCAACAUUUGUUGCCAAUAAAACUGUCAUCAUUGCUGCGUUAACAGAAAACACGGCGUCAGCAGCGAUUGCAGCGCUCAGUAUCAGCAGCAGCUCUCAAGCGUCGCUUGCCGUCAACGCCCCCGCCACGCCCACACCGCCGCCCGCUUCGUCCGUGGCAGGAGCAGCAGCAGCUACGGUAAAGAACGAGAUCGUUGCAUCUGAUUCGGCCGAAUCCUCCCCUAUACAAGAUUUAAUAAUGCGCGGAAGCGACGAACUUUUGAGUCAAGCAGCAGUCAUGGCGCCCGCUUCCGACAAUAACAAUCAGGACCUGGCCACAAAGAAGGCCAAACUGGAGCCGGGCACCGUGCUGGCCGGCGGAAUUGCCAAGGCCUCAAAAGUCAUCCACUUGCGCAACAUUCCGAACGAGUCCGGCGAGGCAGAUGUGAUUGCCCUGGGCAUUCCGUUUGGACGUGUGACCAAAGUGCUGGUGCUCAAGGGCAAGAACCAGGCGUUCAUCGAGAUGGCCGACGAGAUCUCCGCCACGUCGCUGGUGUCGUGCUACACAGUCAAUCCGCCCCAGAUGCGCGGCCGCAUGGUCUACGUGCAGUUCUCCAACCAUCGCGAGCUGAAGACGGACCAGAGUCACAAUAACUCGAUCGUCCCGAGCGACUACCGCAUCCAGUCCCCGGCGGGCGGAUCGCCUCUGCCCCUCUGCGCCGCCGCCAACGCGUCCAGCAACAAUGCCAACAGCUCCGGCGACAGCAACAGCAGCGCCGUGGGAAUCUUGCAGAACAACACAAGCGCCGUAAGUGCGGCCGGCAACAACACGAACUCCGCCGGGGGACCUAAUACCGUGCUCCGUGUGAUUGUCGAGUCCUUGAUGUACCCCGUCUCGCUGGACAUUCUGCACCAGAUCUUCCAGCGCUACGGCAAGGUGCUGAAGAUUGUCACCUUCACAAAGAACAAUUCAUUCCAGGCCCUCAUCCAAUACCCGGACGCCAACUCCGCCCAGCACGCCAAGUCGCUCCUGGACGGGCAGAACAUAUACAACGGCUGCUGCACGCUGCGCAUUGAUAACAGCAAGCUGACGGCGCUGAAUGUUAAGUACAACAACGACAAGUCGCGCGACUUCACGAACCCCGCGCUGCCCCCUGGUGAGCCGGGGGUGGAUCUCAUGCCCACCGCCGGCGGACUGAUGAACACCAAUGAUCUGCUUCUGAUCGCCGCCCGGCAGCGACCUUCUCUCACAGGUGAUAAAAUAGUCAACGGCCUGGGCGCCCCUGGAGUCCUGCCGCCCUUCGCCUUGGGCCUGGGCACUCCACUGACCGGCGGCUACAGCAACGCCCUGCCCAAUCUAGCCGCCUUCUCGCUGGCCAACAGCGGCGCCCUGCAGACGGCCGCUCCUGCAAUGCGAGGUUACUCGAAUGUCCUGCUCGUCUCGAAUUUAAAUGAGGAGAUGGUCACGCCUGAUGCUCUCUUUACCCUUUUUGGUGUAUACGGCGAUGUGCAACGUGUAAAGAUUCUGUACAACAAGAAGGACUCGGCACUCAUACAAAUGGCGGAGCCCCAGCAAGCUUAUUUGGCCAUGUCUCACCUUGAUAAAUUACGUUUAUGGGGAAAGCCGAUACGUGUGAUGGCCAGCAAACACCAGGCCGUCCAGCUGCCCAAGGAGGGUCAGCCGGACGCAGGACUCACACGUGACUACUCGCAAAAUCCGUUGCACCGCUUCAAGAAGCCGGGCAGCAAGAACUACCAGAACAUCUAUCCGCCGUCGGCGACACUGCAUUUAAGCAACAUUCCGUCAUCCUGCUCUGAGGAAGACAUUAAAGAAGCUUUCACCUCAAGCAGCUUCGAAGUUAAGGCAUUCAAAUUUUUCCCGAAAGACCGAAAAAUGGCACUGCUGCAACUGUCGUCCGUGGAGGAGGCUGUUCUGGCACUGAUUAAGAUGCACAACCACCAGCUGUCCGAGUCGAAUCACCUGCGUGUAAGCUUCUCCAAGUCGAACAUCUAGAAUCCGGUCCGAAGUCAGGUUUACUGAACCUGACUGGGUGCCUCCGGCGGGUACAGCUACAUGCAGAUGCAUCAGCAGCAACACCUUCAGGUCUAUUGGCAGCAGCAGAUACAAACUAUAAUCCGUAGUACAAGAAGAAUGCACGCAAACUUCUACUGAACUGGCAGAUGCCAGAAGCACUACCCACCCAAUCCAACAGAAUAAUCAGCGGUAACAAUCGAUGCAAGAGCUAUACCAAUUUUAAUCAAUGCAACUCACUCUAAGAACUGUUCUGUUUUAUAAACCACCCUCCGUGGGAAAAGACAAAAACAAUUGAGAAAUCUUACUAAAUUGAUAGAGAAAGUAAAGAAAGUCAACUACAGAUAAAUAUAUAUUUAAAUUAUCACGAAAAUAGCAUUUCAAGUUAUGGCACACGCAGACAACAAAACAAACAAGCAACCCACAAACUAACAAUCAGCAACAUCGUAACAUAAGCUUAACUUUAAACCUAUAGAUCGUAAGAAAACUGCAUUGCAUAACAAAAAGAAAACAAAAAUAUAUGAUGAGUAGAAAGAGUUAAGUAUGUUUAAAGUAAAGAGAGAAAGAUCGUAACUUAAAAUAUUUUUAGUGCACUGUACUGUGUUUUGGUUUUAAAAAACGACAGAAAGUCAAAAACAUACGGAAGGAAAAAUUAUGUUAAAAAUGAAUUAAGGCAAUGUUUUAUUAUGUACAUGAUGCUGUUAUUAUAUUUUAAAUGAAUGCAACUUAACUUUAAUUUUUUACAAGUGCGCCACUUCAAUUGAAGAAAUAGCGUACACGUAGCUCAUAAAUGUUUUAAUUUCGCUAGACCUAAAAAUUAAGAAGGUAUUUAGAAAAACGGUCCCGAAUAAGCACAUCGAGCCCUAAACAGAUUGAAGUAAAGAAAGGCAAUGUGAAAUAACGUUAACUGGAAUUUAAGAAAAUUGUAUUAAUUUUAAUAAACCUAUAUAAAUCAAUAAUUUGGACACUGCAAAGAUAUAUCCUUGGCACGUCCGUUUGUUUAGAGUAUCGGGAGAAUAAUAAUUUUAAAGGCAGUUAAAUCAACGCGUACGUAAACCUUUUGUGUGUAUGUAUAUGUAAAUGUUGUUAAACUAGCGCAAAUUAUACAAAACGAUCAAAUAUACAUAUAAUUAAGUAUGUAUUGAACUACAACAAACAGGAAACAGGAAAUUAAACAAAUUUUAAGCUAAAAAGUAUAAUCUUAAAGCAUAUAUCAAAACACAAAAGGUAAUAAUAUAUAAUCAUAGACAUACUGGUAACGAAAGACAUAUACGUGUUUUAGCAAGAAAACUGAAUGAUUUUUUGAUAAUUUUACAAGGACCUCACAACGGACACCACACACAGAAACACACGCAUGCAGAAGCGAACAAAUGUAAACAAAUAUGGAAGUUUAUAUAUAUUUAGAAAGUGAAAUUAUUUGUAUGUUGGAGCAAAGAACAAACGAAAUGAGAAUAAGUAUAAUAAAAGGCAGAAUACAGAAAUGGUUAAUGAA